AUGGGUGUUGUGAAGAAAAAGCACACUCUUCAGGCCGUGGCUGUGGAGGAAAGGAAGAUGAGGAAGCAUUUUGGCAAUAAAUUUUCUCUCUUGGAGCUUCAGGAGGAAAGGAGGGGAGCUGACGGUGACAGAAAGCAGAGGAGGGGAGCUGACUUUGUUAGGAAGGAAAUGAGGGGACCUCUUCAGGUCCCUCCUCAACAGGUGAUUUUAAAUGAUCCAUUCCUAGGAAAACGAGUUGAAGACAUCAACUUUUCUACUGUGCCUAUGAGAGAUGAGUUCCUUGAAAAUGCUCGCCUAUUUAUCUUUGAGACUUAUUGUCGUAUACAUCAACGUAUUAACAUGGGAGUCCUUGCUGAGAAAUUGAACCUGAAUUAUGAGGAGGCCGAGAGAUGGAUUGUAAAUCUUAUUAGAAACUCAAAGCUUGAUGCUAAGAUUGAUUCACAAUCAGGAACUGUUAUCAUGGAGCCUAAUCAGCCCAAUGUGUAUGAACAGUUGAUAGAUCACACCAAGGCAAUAUCGGGCCGUACUUACAAAUUAGUCGGUCAACUUUUAGAACAUGCACAUGCACAAGCUGCACGAUGAAGUUAUUCCAAAAGUUUGCAGGAUUUAUUGUUGUCAUUUUUUGUUAUUUGGAAUCUGUUUGCUACCGCAAAUAAUUGUAGUGAUAAUCCUUUUUGGUGGGUUAAUCUAGUAGAGCAGAGGUUGAGAAAUUAUUGAUUAUGAGAAACAUGGUUUAUUUUUAAAUUCAAAAGCAUCUUUUUUAGCA